AUGUUUAAAAAGCGUGCAUUCGCUCUAUUAGAUACAAAGAGAAAGGAGCGGCCCUCAUCGCCGGCGCCCGCGGGGUCCGCGGCGGCCGCCGCCGCAGCGCCACCGUCGUCGCUGUCUGCGUCUCCGUCCGCCAGGGGCGUGGCGAUGGCCGGGCGCGACUUCGAGCUGGUGUUCCUGCGCCAGGAGGACGCCCCGCGCCUGCUCGCCUUCCUCAAGCGCUUCUUCUUCCGCGACGAACCGCUCAAUGUGGCCGUGCAGCUGCUCGGUCCGCGCCACGACCAGCCCUGCGUGCCCCUCGAGGAGUACUGCGCGGAGGCCCUACAGGAACAAACCGUAAGCAUCGCGGCGGUGGCGCCCGGCACGGGCGAGCUGCUGGGCGUGUGCCUGAACGGCAGCAACGCGCCGGGCCACGCGGACGAGGCCCGCGCGCGCGCCGCCGCCUGCCCGCACCCGCGCUUCCGCAAGAUCCUGCGCUUGCUGGCCGAGGUGGAGGCGCAGGCCGACCUGUUCGCGCGCUUCCCGGGCCUGCAGCGCCUGCUGGAGGUGCGCGUGCUGAGCGUGGACGGCGCCUGCCGCGGCCUCGGCAUCGGCACCGCGCUGCUCAGGCGCACCAGGGAGCUGGCGGCGGAGCACGGCUUCCCGCUGGUGCGCUGUGACUGCACGUCGGCCUUCUCGGCGCGCGCCGUGGACCGCCUGGGCUUCUACCCGGUGUGCACGCUGCCCUACGACUCGUACCUGGGCGACGACGGCCGACCCGUCUUCCAGCCCGAGCCCCCGCACACGCAGGUCUCCUGUUAUGUGUAUAAAGUUUAACAAGAAGAAGGCACAAAACUUUCACAUCUCUUUCUUCAGUUGUCUUUCAAAGUAAUAAACCAAGAAUGGCUCCACUACAAAGUGUGAAACAUCGCCAGUGAGGUUGUGAAGUAAAAUCGCCUCACAGUGAAGAGGCACUGAAAAAAACUCUUGCCUAAAUGUUGGUGUAGUAACUAACACUUCUACUGUGGUUGAACUCAAUGUGUUUUGGGUAUUUUAUACAUGUGUGGGUGUAGAGAUUCAGGGAAUUCAUCUGCGGUUCAUUUGACUUCAUUGCAUGCUGUCUUCUGAGAAAUUCAUCUAAACAACAAUUGAUUGAGAAAGAAAGAAAUAUUGACACAUUUCUUCACUCAUGAAAUUAAGUCAGUUCCAGUUUCCUCCUUGUCAAAAUUGUCUGGCUAAUUUCAAUUGAUUUUUACUUCUUGACAAAGUCAUGUAGUUUUAACACGCUUGUAUUUGAUAAGCACAUCGUCUCAUCAUUUCUCUUACUUUUUUAAUCAAAUUUCUCUUCUGUUAAAUUAAACUAGCUCCUCUGAUCGCAAUUGUGUUAAGCAGUUAGAAUUGAAAAUUAUAAGCCCUUAAUUGAAAAUUGAACUUAACAUUAAAAUUAGUAAUACCCAGGAACAAUCUUAAAAAAUGUUAAUUCUUGUGUAUUGAAUUAUGAACUAUUUGGGGAAAAAAUGAUUCUAAAACAGAGUGACACAUUAUAGGAGUUAAAACAAAAUAUUUCUAGCAAUAACUUCAAAACAGAAUCAUUUUGAAAAAUUUUAGACUUUACCAGUAGUAUUUCCAUCUGUUAUGAUGAAGUUACAUUUGCAAGAAUUCAAAUGAAACUCAAAGAAGACAACAGCAUUCAGUCCCCGCAAAUUACUCAGAGAUCUAUAACAAAACAUUGUUUAUGAAUUAUCUGAAAAACUGUAUUUGAAUUAUCUGAAUCUUUAUGUUUACCAGGAGGUGAAAACUUACUUUUCAUAGACAGGUUAUUGCAAAAAUAGUAUCUAACACCUUUUCAUUAUUAAGCAUGAAAUCAACCAUAUGUUGAUUUUAAAAAUUUGACAAAAUUUUUUAUUAUAAAAUUUUAUUUCCUCAAUAUCCAUCUUUGACUUUGAAGGUUCCACAUUCAUUUGCAGUAACUUGUGUCUUCAUGAAUAUUUAAGUCGGGAAACACCAUAUCACAAAUGAAAUCAACUUGAGAGAAAGUACAGCUAGUCAAAACACGAAUAAAAAAUCAACAAUUAUUGAAUGGAGUUCAAACAUUAUUCCGGCCAUUAGAUUUGAUCUGUGAUAUAGUGUUUAAUAAAACACUUCGUGAUUUGGUUGUGUUUAAAAACUGAGCAGCUCUUGUUUAUUGUUAAGGUGUUUGUUGGAUAUUAUGCUAACCAUGUUAUAAUGAUGUAGUUCAAUGUAUUCUAUUACACUAUAUAUAAGUGGCAUUGGUAGCCAAUUACAGCACAAACUGUAUAGUUGUUGGGAAUGGUAGCACGUUACUGAAGACUUUGUUGCAAGUUAUCUUUACUGUCUGCCAAAACUAAUACGAUCUCAUAAAGCACUAUGAAACUUAAACUUAACAGCAAAUGCAGCUUAUGCAUUGACACCUAAUAAUACUGGUUGGGGACAAACCCAGUCAUUCCAUUAUGGGAUUUUAACAAUGGCCUGAUUAGGAAUCUAAUGUUUAAAAAUUAAUUAAAGCAAGGUCAUAAUAUUACUGAAUUAUUUUCAAACACAUUUGUUACAUCUAAUACAAAAUUUGUUCUCAGAAUGCUGACCAUCAACAAACUGCAUACAUAUGGUAAAAACAAAAUAUUUUGUUCAUGUUUUUUAUUUUGUUCCCUUGCCUGUUUUUAAAUGCAGAUAAGUGUUUCAUGACUCCAUGAAUGGUUGGGUCCAAACAUAAGAUGCAUAAGAAACAAUAAUAUGAAAAUUAAAAGAGAAAGAAAUGACAGAAUUGUUCAUUUCAAGGUUUCAACAUUAUAGAACUUAGAUAUUUCCACCCCAAGAUGCAUUACUUAGGAACAUCGAAUUAAAAAACAAUACCUCCAAACUUGUGCAUUGAAUGGUUAUCUAGCUUAAUGUCCCCAAAGUGAUUAGGAAUAAUCAAUAAGUAUGUGCAAAACAUGUAUGUGCUGUACACAACAAAGUAAGCCAUUAUAUCUUUAAAUGUUAAAAGACAUGUACAAUUCAAAGUACAAUUUUACAUUUGAAAAAUAUGAAAUUUUUC